AUAAAUACGUAACACUGAGGAAAGGACAUUCACACUUGAAACGUAAACAAUAAUCUGUUUCUUUCUUAUAAUUAGGUUUCAGUCAUGGCUAUUGUUUCUAAAGCUUUGAUUGCCUCACUUCUCAUCUCUCUUCUCCUUUUUCAACUGGUUGAAGCUGAUCAUCAACUGGAGACAGAUGCUAGGAAGGGAACCUCUCCCCCGAAGAAAAUUGAUUGUGGUGGAGCAUGUGCAGCUAGGUGCCGGUUAUCAUCAAGGCCACACCUAUGCAAGAGGGCAUGCGGGACAUGUUGCGCGCGUUGCAACUGUGUUCCUCCAGGAACUGCCGGUAACCAAGAAAUGUGCCCCUGUUAUGCUAGCUUGACCACCCAUGGUGGCAAACGCAAGUGCCCUUGAGUUGAUAUCGACUUGAAACGAGCCUCUCCUUAGUUUAAUGAUAAUUAAAUGAGUCGUGGUAAAAUAAAUUAAUGCAUGCAUGGGGUAAGAAUGAAUAAAAGAACGUCCUAUAUAUAUAUAUAUAAAGCUAAAGUCAUUCAGUUAAUGGUUUGUUUUCCUUUCUUUCUUUGUUUGGCGUGAUAUUACUAUGAUUGAUCAUUGCUUGUAUUGUAUCAAGUUUGAGUAUAUAAUAGUGAAAUAAUAAAGAAGUUUGUAUAA